AUGUCUAAAGAUGAUUUAAAUACAAUCACUACUACCUUUAAAUCAAUCAUCCCUCGUGAGGAAAUACUUGCUAAAAUUCCACCACGUAUUAAUAAAUCCUUUGAACCACAUAUUCUCAGCUGUAAAUUUGCUGGUCUGAUAGCCUCAUGGAUCGAUCGAAAAUCUUAUACAGGUUUCAACAUGCCUUUCAUUUUCGAAAGAGUUUAUAAAUUUAGAAAGUCGUAUAAUAGUCCGUUGCCCAAUAUAAAAUGUCAUCAUGGGCCAUCACUUAUGGUAAUGAAAAUUCAAGAAACAGGUCAAUAUGUGGGUGCAUACAAUCCAAUAGAUUGGUCUAAAUAUAGGUUACCCACAUAUGAUCACUCUGUAGUAAGCAAAAAACCAAGGCGAGGUUAUAAAGAAUAUUCAAAAGCUUUGAUGAACUGUGUGCCUACCACUGAAAGUUUUUUAUUUUCAAGUGAUGAUAAGUAUGCCACUAAUUUUAAAUUAAGCAGAGUUAAAAACGUUGACCAUGCUUUAAGAAG